AUGGACAUUGAGAUUCACUUUCUCCAAAUUAAGUUCACAGCUAUUGGAGUUUACUUGGACUCUGAAAUUGUGGGACAUUUGCAGCAAUGGAAGGGCAAAACAGGAAAGGACCUAACUGAAGAUGAUGACUUCUUUGAGGCCCUCAUUUCUGCACCAGUUGAGAAUUUCUUGAGAGUUGUGGUGAUUAAGGAGAUCAAAGGUUCUCAGUAUGGAGUGCAGCUAGAGAGUGCAGUGAGGGACCGAUCAAAGGUUCUCAAUUUGGUUCACUAA